AAUUGGACAAAAUCUUGCUCCUGAAUUUCUCCCUUAUUCUGUGGAAGUUAUAUUGAUAAACUUCCAGUUGAAAAGUACAGAGACCUUAAGAAAGGGUACCCACUACCCGGAGAAAGUGUCAUUUGGACUUGACAAAGAUUAGACAAGAUUUUUAUGAAAUGUAGACCAAAGGAUUUUCUUAGAGUUCAGAAAGCUUAGAAUUUUGUUAACAAAACUGGUGGCGGGCGCCGGUGGUAGGUGGUGGUGGAGUUAGUUGUGAUUUAUGAAGCGAGUGAAUACCUGUCAAAGUCAAAGUAGUUAGUGGCGGUGGUGGGGUUGGUGGCGCGUGAUGACACAGAUGAUUUGAUGGUAUUUGAAUGAAUAUAUUAUACAUGUCCUCUUCUUGGAGUAGCCGACUCUAGGAAAACAAAACAAUCAUGGGCGGUUUCAAGAAUGUUGUUAAAUCCAUAUGCACGUGCGGGAGAUAUCCAGAAGUUAGGAAGCAUAAACAGGGAACUGGAUUCAUGGCACCUACAGGGGUGCGCCUGUCAAUUCAAGAUCGUUACGUGGUGAUGGAUAAUGGUAUACUGCAAGUCACGCUAUCAAAUCCAGAUGGAAUUGUUACUGGAAUAUGUUAUAAUGGCCUUGACAAUUUGCUUGAAGUCCUGAAUGCCGAGUCUAACAGAGGGUACUGGGACAUUGUCUGGAAUGCACUAGAUGGAAGUGGGAAAGCAGGAGUAUUUGAAGUGAUCAAAGCAACAGAGUUCAGGGUUAUAAAGGAAACUGAAGAACAGGUGGAGUUGUCAUUCUUAAGACCAUGGGAUACCUCCCUCCAGGGCAAGCUGGCUCCAAUAAACAUAGAUAAAAGGUUCAUCCUACUACGUGGUUGCUCAGGCUUCUACUCCUAUGCUAUAUAUGAACACCUUGGAUCGAUGGACUGGCCUGCUUUCAGCUUGGGUGAAACCAGGAUAGCAUUCAAGCUCAGAAAAGACAAGUUUCAUUAUAUGGCUGUGUCAGACAGUCGACAAAGAUUUAUGCCUCUACCAGAUGACAGAUUAUCAGGAAGAGGCCAACCUCUUGCAUAUCCUGAAGCAGUCCUCCUUUUGAAUCCAGUGGAGCCCGAGCUCAGAGGAGAGGUGGAUGACAAGUACCAGUACUCGUGCGAAAACAAAGAUCUUAGGGUUCACGGAUGGAUAUCCAUGGACCCACCUGUGGGGUUCUGGCAAAUUACACCUAGUGAUGAAUUCAGAUCUGGUGGGCCUCUGAAGCAGAACCUAUCCUCCCAUGUGGGCCCCACAACUCUUGCUAUGUUUCUUAGUUCUCACUAUGCUGGGGAUAAUUUGUCACCAAAUUUUGCAAAAGGUGAGCCAUGGAAGAAAGUUUUUGGCCCAGUUUUCAUCUAUCUUAAUUCUGUCAUGGGUGAAGAAGAUCCACUGGCACUCUGGGAUGAUGCAAAGAUACAGAUGUUGAGGGAAGUUGAGAGCUGGCCGUACAGUUUCCCAGCCUCAGAGGAUUUUCCAUCUUGUGAUCAACGGGGGAAUGUUAGAGGUAGACUGUUGGUCAAAGACAGGUAUGUUAGCAGUGACUAUAUACUAGCAACUGGUGCAUAUGUGGGAUUGGCCCCACCAGGGGAAGUUGGAUCCUGGCAAAGAGAAUGCAAGGACUACCAAUUUUGGACGAAGGCAGAUGAGGGAGGGUACUUUUCCAUAAGAAAUGUCCGAAGUGCUGAUUAUAAUCUCUAUGCUUGGGUCCCUGGAUUUGUUGGAGAUUAUCGGAAUGAGGCACUCAUUACCAUAACUCCAGGUUGUGAUAUGGAUAUUGGUGAUAUUGUAUAUGAGCCUCCAAGAGAUGGUCCAACUUUGUGGGAAAUUGGCUUUCCAGAUCGCUCUGCUGCAGAGUUUUAUGUUCCUGAUCCGAACCCGAAGUACAUCAACAAAGUCCUUCUGAGUAGCCCUGAAAGGUUCAGGCAAUAUGGACUGUGGGAGAGGUAUUCAGAGAUAUAUUCUGAAGGAGAUUUGGUGUAUACAGUUGGUGAGAGCGAUUAUGGGAAAGAUUGGUUUUACGCUCAGGUCACCAGGAAGAAAGAGGAUAAUACUUAUCAAGGUACCACCUGGCAGAUCAAGUUCAAGCUUGAUGAUGUCAACAAAGGAGGGAUCUAUAAGUUGCGCAUUGCACUUGCAUCUGCAACAUAUGCUGAAUUGCAGGUGCGUAUCAACAACCCAGGUACAAAUCGGCCUUUGUUCUCCUCUGGAUUGAUUGGAAGGGAUAACUCUAUUGCAAGGCAUGGGAUCCAUGGGCUUUAUUGGCUUUACAAUGUGGACAUCCAAGGUGCUUUACUAGUGGAAGGGGAUAAUACAGUUUAUUUAACACAGCCAAGAAAUAACAGUCCUUUUCAGGGUUUCAUGUAUGACUAUAUACGCUUGGAAGCUCCCCCCAGCUAAAUAGCAUGCUUUCUGUUCCUGUAAAGACGAGACCUGACAUCAAUUAUUGAGUUCUAGUACAACUUAGUAAAAAAAAUGGUUAAUAAAGCUUCUAUCUUGUUGAACUUUGCAAUUUGUACCUCAUGGCUUCUUCCCCACCUGGGAGCAUUAUAUUUUUUACUGUUCUGUUACAAAUGUAAUAUGUAAGAACCAGUCAUUAAUCAUGUAAGUCAUCCAAUGAAUCCCAGAUCUGAUCCAGUGAGUUGUAAGCUACAUAUACAUCUUAUAACAUGAUUUAUUGUGGAUA